AUAGAUCGUGAGCGACUGUUUCUUUAUAUCUGAAUGCAACCCUAUUCAUUGUAAAAUUGACAGCUGAUUUCUAGUUGUAAAAUGUGAAAUAAAAUAUUUGGUAAAUAUUCUCAGCAGCAAUCAUGCCAAGGAAAAGAGAAAGAGAAAAAAUUAUUAAUUAUUUGGUAGAGAAUACGGCAAAUGAUAUUCUUAAUAUAAUAGAAGUUGACGAAGAUGGUGAGGCGGUCGAUAAAAUUUUAGAUGAAUUGGAUAUGAAUGUUCAAGUAGUGCUUUCAUGCCGGCGUGGAGUUGAGCAUGAAGUCCCAAAGUCACCAGUAUGGCGAAAUGAAAUCUUGAAUAAAUUCGACGAAAACCGGUUCCGCCAAAUGCUUCGAGUAAGCAAGGAACAAUUUAACAAUAUAUUUCACCUAAUUAAGAACGAUCGGAAUUCAAUAAAGCACAUUCCUCGAAACAGAUUCCUGUGGAUUUGCAGUUAG